CCAGAAAAAUGCACCAAAGCUUUACCCUUUUCACUUUCCCUUUCCACUGCACCCUUUCGCUUCGUUCUCUCACCUCUGUUUGUUGAUUGAAGAGAAUGGAACCAAACCUUAUAUGAAACCCACCUAUUCCCCUCAAAUUAGGUGUUCUCGAUUCAAGGCUGGAUUCAGAUGAACUCGAAGUCUUCUCGAUUCUCAUCAAGAGCUAAUUCCAUCUGUGUUUUUUAUUCUGUGCCCAACGUUCUUCAUCGUCGGACCGGAGCACAACUGUUGCGAUGAGCAGAACGCCUCCUUCACUUCUGACCAUGUGGUUUCAACGGAAAGAUGUAAUAGAUAUGGAGUGUUGUGCUUACACUCCUCUCAUAGCAUUCGUUGAUGGUCUUCACUAUGCAGCCAUCACCGACAUCAAUUCCUCUUCUCAAAAUGGAUACAUCAAGCUUGUGACCUAUGCCGCUGCUAGGCUUUAAACCGUGUACCUUGAAUGGGAAAGACCCGCACAAAAGCCAGCUAGUCCACGUAACUAAUUUGUUACAAUUCGAACUUGUUGUUUACUUGGUUCAACUGAAAGGCAGAGAGACCAGAAAAGUAAACCUUUGUUCUUGGUGGGAAAGAUGAAAAAAUAAUAGAGCAAGUCACGUAAACUUUAUAUAUGUAUUAUCUACAUAUAAUAUUUAUGCAC